AUGAAUUUUAGUGAAAACGGAAAUUCCUUGCUUCAUAUACAGAAUAAUGGAAACACUUUAAAAGAUAUCCUCUUAAUUCUUUUUAUCUAUAGUAUAAUAGUUUCACCAAUUUUUGUGAUUUAUUUAAAAGUGUACAAAUUGAAUAAAACUCGAGACGAGGAAACUGCAAUUUUUCAAAUCAUUGACCAUUUUCACGUAAUUAACAAAUAUCUGACUACGGCAUUUUGGUGCUUGACGUCACUCGGAAUUUUGUUGUACUUCUACGAACAUGAAAAUAUUGCUGUUGUUCUUAUCAUGAUCAGUGUUAUACCAUGUUCAUGUGUAACAGAAGUCAACCAAUUUCUACUGGGAUUAUUGGCAAUUCAACGAUUUUUCAUUUAUUUCUAUCCGAGUACCGAGAAAUACUUGAACUUUUCAAAAAGAACUAUGAAGUGGAUUUUAAUAAUUGCUUAUUCCAUUUCAGUUUUGGAAUUGGUACAUGUAUUUAAAAACGAGGAUUAUUCAAUUAGCUACGUAUAUAAUGGUUCUAUCCAGGUAUUUUUAACUGCAUCUGCUUUAUUAUACAUUCCAAUUGUGAUUAGUAUUAGUAAAGUAGCUAAUUUGGCAUCUGCAAAAAUCAAUAAACCUCAAAUAUUUGUUGCUUUGCAACUAGUAAUCGUUGUAGCAAAACAAAUGGUUUUCUUAACAAUGUUUCUGGUUUGUGAGUUUUUUGAUGUAACUCCAGAUGGCUUCAUGGCUGAAGCUAUUAAAUCGGUUGAUCCUAAAUUUAUACCAAUGUUAUUGGCAUUUUUUAACUCAAAAGCUGUUGAUAUUCUUUUGAUGCCAACAAUCACUCAAAUCACAUAUCUUUUGUGUAAUAGAAGAAAUUUGAUAACUUUGUGGAGAUCGCUGAAACCUAAUUGUUGCAAAUCAAAUGCAGUGGACCCGAAUGUUCCUUUAAACUAUAUGGAGAAUAUGGAAACAACUCAGCAAUGA